CGGCUGCGGUUGCGCUUGACGGCGGGCGGCGUCGUAAAAGGCCCGUGAAGGACGGCGGCGGUUGCGGGCCCGUGAGAGAAGGGACCGGUCCCGGGGAGGGGGUGUCAGCGUCGUGACAGCGGCCGUGUCGUGACAUAGCGCGGAGCCAUGCCGUUCUGGGAGCUGCAGAAGCAGCUGGGCAUCGAUGUGGACCGGUGGCUGUUGCGGCAGAGCACGGCGCAGCCCUACGGCAAGGCCGGGGCCUGUCACGCCUUUGAGCGGGAGUGGGUGGAGUGCGGGCACGGCCUGGGCCAGACCCGCGCCCGCCGCGAGUGCCAGCCCGAGUACGAGGACUUUGUUGUGUGUCUGCCCCCACUCUCUGCGCUUUGCCAGGCCGUGCGGCUGAGAACCAUCCUGGAGCAGAGGGACAAGAUGAUCAAGGAGGGGAAGUACACGCCGCCCGACUACCACAAGGGCAAAGAGGAGCCCCGGCCUUGAUUCGAGAGGGACGUGGCCACCGGUCACCUGUAGAGUCGUUUGAGGUGGAACUUCUCUGGAAAUAAAACCCACAGCACAAGGGGGUUACGCUGCAGCCGUGGGGUGGGGUCUGCGUGGGGGCCCUGCCCCUGCUGAAGGGGAACGACACCACACGGGGCAUUGCUCGGGCUAGUAAAUGUCUCCUUCGGAACAGC